AUGCCUAAGAAUACUGUUGUUUUGGCCACCUCCGUGGCCUGGGGAGGCGUGAGUGCUGGGAUUCUGCUGGGGGCGGCCAGGGGAGCCUGGUGGAGCCGGCCUGGGGACUCUCAGGGGUCAGGGAAGGCGGUGGCGCCAGUGACAGCCAGAAGACUCCGAGCAACAGGCUCGCGCCUGACGGGGGAAGAAGCAGCUGGCGGCCCCGAGCGGCCGGGGGAUGUGGUGAACGUGGUGUUCAUAGACCGGUCAGGCCAACGGAUUCCGGUGAGCGGCAGAGUGAGGGACAAUGUUCUCCACCUGGCCCAGUGCCACGGAGUGGACCUGGCAGGGGCCUGUGAAGCUUCCCUGGUGUGCUCUACCUGCCACGUGUACGUGAGCAAAGACCACCUGGACCUUCUGCCUCCUCCUGCUGAGAGGGAGUACGACAUGCUGGACAUGGCCCCCCUUCUUCAGGAGAACUCCCAGCUGGGCUGCCAAAUCGUGCUGACUCCUGAGCUGGAAAGGGCCGAAUUCACCUUGCCAAGGAUCACCAGUAACUUCUACGCGGACGGCCAUGUCCCCAAGCCCCACUGA